CAGCAACAGGUAGAGUCGCUUUUACAUACCUUCGCUAGAGAAACAAAUCUUUUAGCAGGAAAUCCGGAAGUUGCCACUGUUUUCUUGAGGAGCACUCAUGUCAUUCUAUAGUUGGACAGAUCGCAGAGCAGACUGAGGCCGGGGGAUCACUGAAUGGUCACUGAGGAUUCUUCUCAAUCCGGGGGUUCGCAGCUGCAUUGCUCGUCAUGCCCGGACACAGGAGGCAGCCCAGCAUUGAACUGCUGGAACUCAUGGGAGUGGUAAAAGAGAAUGGCAAUGAGCAGAUAUCACUUCCUCCUGUGCUCACUCCGCUGUCCUAUGACUACGUUCUGGUAGCCAAAACCUGCAAUGACCAGGAUCGAGAGGCUUUCAAGAAGCAAAGAGAAUACAUUGAGGAGCUGCAGAAAAAGAACUUCAAAGUGAAAAAAAUUAUUGAUGACGACCUCGUCUUCUAUGGGAUUCAAGCUCCUAAAGAAAUAUUUGAGAAGUACAGGUAUCUGCUUAAAGUGUCUGAUGCCUGCAACUGGAGUUCAGAUCAGAACAUUGUGGCUCUCAGUACAAGGAUAAGAAUUGUCCAUUUCAUCUUAAAUCACACCCUGAUCCAUACAGAAGAAUCCCUACGGGAUCUCAUGAAGACAAAGGUUUUUGAGGCAAGAUUCUGUUUGCAUGAGAAAAAGAAACAGAAAGAACUGAAGGAGAGCUGGGCACGCUGGACAGCCUGUCUCCAAGGGCAACCCAUAACUGCUGUCAGGAACUACUUUGGGGAGAAAGUGGCUUUGUACUUCCUGUGGUUGGGCUGGUACACAUACCUCCUUAUUCCUCCUGCAAUCAUAGGGAUCAUAGUCUUUCUCUAUGGCCUCAGCUUCUUCAGCACCUCACCUCUAAUACAUGAGGUAUGUGAGUCGAGCCGAUUCAUGUGCCCACUUUGUGACAACUCUUGCAAAGUGUGGAAGCUCUCAGACACCUGCACGUAUGCCAAAGUGACCAUUCUGUUCGACAAUAAUGGCACAGUGUUCUUUGCAAUGUUCAUGGCAAUAUGGACAACACUGUUUCUGGAGUUUUGGAAAAGACAUCGUGCUUCCUAUGUGUGCGAAUGGAAAGUGUCUGAUUGGAGCGAGGAGGAGGAAGAGUUAAUCUUGGAAAUCGUGAACGACGUUAACUGUGAACCAAAGAAAUUCACACACUCAUAUCUCCAGAGCACUGUGGUUCUGAUCUGUGUCACAGCUAUGAUAAUGGUGAUCAUUGGCCUGACACACGCCUUGGUGGUGUUCAGAGUGAUUGUAGCUGCAAAUUUUGCAAGUGGAUCCCGAAAGUUCCUGAACAUGGACCUGAACAUGGAGGCAAUGAUGCUGGGGGCUGUCCUCCAUUACAUCAUCAUCACUGUCAUGACACGGGUCAACAGGAUUGUUGCCAUGAAGCUCUGUGGAAUGGAGAAAACAAGGUCUUUUGCUGCCACAGAGAAGAAUUUCACUGUUAAGAUGUUCACCUUCCAGUUCUUCACCUAUUUCUCCUCACUCUUCUAUGUGGCCUUUUUUCUUGGCAGAAUAAAUGGCCACCCAGGCGAUUAUGUACGAAUUGCAGGAAAAUGGAGACUUGAGGAAUGUCACCCCAGUGGUUGCCUGACAGACCUCUUCAUCCAAAUGACCAUUAUAAUGGUACUGAAGCAAAUCAUCAGCAAUGUGUUUGAGUUUUCUGGCCCAUGGUUCGGCAAGUUUCUGAAAAGAAAAAGAAUCAAGAAGCUGCAGAGAAAAUGUGCUCACUGCUACUUGAAAGAUGAUACAGAGGCCAAAGAAAGAGCUGAACAGUGUGAAAACUGCAAGCUUCGAGACUGGCAUAACAAUUAUCAACUCAAAGAUGUUGAUUCUUUCAGCCUGUUUGACGAGUUUUUGGAGAUGGUGAUCCAGUUCAGCUUUACAACUAUAUUUGUGGCAGCAUUUCCUCUUGCUCCACUUUUAGCCCUGAUUAAUAAUGUGAUUGAAAUUCGCUUGGAUGCCAUCAAGAUGGUGACAUUGCAGCGUAGGAUGGUUCCCAAGAAAACAAACGAUAUUGGUGUUUGGAUAGACAUUUUGGAGGCUAUCGGUGUAUUAGCUGUCAUUGCAAAUGGGCUGGUGAUCGGUGUAUCCUCGGACUUCAUUCCUCGAUUGGUUUAUCAGUAUCACUAUGGCCCCUGUGCCAAUGGCACAGUAACAGAUAUCGACUGCAUGUCUGGCUACAUCAACAACACUCUCUCCAUUGCUUCAAUGACUGAUGACAAAGUUACAUUUAAACCUAGUCAGAUGGUCACUUCUGAUGGCAUAAACAUCACUUCAUGCAGCUAUAAAGACUACAGGAGCAGUGACUACAACUUUACCCCACAAUUCUGGCUGAUUUUAGCUGUACGCUUUGCCUUUGUUAUCCUCUUUGAGCAUGUUGUCGUCAUAUGCAAAUUCAUCGCAGCCUGGUUUGUACCAAGUGCUCCCAUGCAGGUGAAGAACGAUCAGCUCUUUGAUAAACUCAAUAGGCUUAAAGAAGAACUCAGGUCUUUUGAAGCCUGACAGCAUUCAGACUCCUCAAUGUUUACCCAGUGCUGCCUUGUGUGUGUUUGUGUACACUCUUUCCCAGUGUUGACAAUGCCUUAAGGCUGUUAAUUAUCAGAAGUGGGAGUGUGUUUUUUUUAUUUGUUUGCUGUGAGAUUCUGACUAUCUGGAUUUAUAUCCAUUAAAUGGACCUUAAAGAUUUUUUUCUCGUGUGCAGUAUGUGGUUUUACUGACCAAUAAUGAUUCUGUUCUUUUUCUAUUAUAACAAUGCACUGAGAGCUUAAUCUUGAAUCUGUGUUAGUGAGUUGUGUGUGAGUGCUUUAAAGAUAACCUAAUUAUUAUUUAUACUGCUACUACAUAUACCUGAUUGUGUUAUGACAUUGCCUUGCUCUGUAAAUUCAGGGUUGUAAUGCUUGUUGCUUUAUAACAGACAGGAUCUGAUAGUGUAUUUUGUAAAUGACAAUGUUUUGCAUUACAAUAUUUUAUAUUAAUGAAUAAAAGAACAAAGAUUUGUUGAGACAAGAUGUGAUCUAAAUUUAAAGUGUUGAAAUGCAUAUGUUCAUGUAUUCCUAUUAAUCAAUGUAGUUAUUCAUGACCCAUUGAAGGUUUUAUUGCAUUCAGUUGCACUUUCAGGAAUUUACUAUGACAAAGGUGUCCCUCAUUUGUUAUGGUUUAUACUCCUUUGAGGGAAAUUUACAAUUUCUUUGUCCAGACAUCAUACCUAUUUUGCUAAGUUUUACUUACAUACAUUUUAAGAAAAAAUUCCCGUGAGAAAUACAUUUCUUGGUGUAUUAAUAUUUGACUGCCCUCUGACUGUGGAGUGAAUAAAGUAAUAAAGAAAGUAUUUUUUUAAUCAUAUAAUCUUUUAUAAAUGCACGAGUUCAGGGAUGGAAGAACAUAUAGGUUUUAUCAUCCUAAAACAUGAAAGGA